AUGUCGACUCCCGCGCCAGCACCAGGCACACCAGCUGCACAGGCAGGCGCCGGUAGCUGGACGGCUUUCGUGAAGUCGAUCGCUUCGUUCAAUGGCGACUUGUCCUCUCUGACCGCGCCUCCCUUCAUUCUAUCCUCUCAGUCGCUUACCGAAUUCUCCGCAUACUGGGCCACGCAUCCCGGUCUGUUGACUGAGCCUGCGGCCGAAUCAGACCCUGCGAAACGGGCUGCCCUUGUCCUGAAGUGGUUUCUGUCAACUCUCAAGCACCAGUAUGCGAGUCGAAGCGAAGAAUACGGAAAUGAGAAGAAGCCUUUGAACCCCUUCCUGGGGGAACUGUUCCUUGGAAAGUGGGAAGACGAGGCCGGUGAGACAACGCUCGUUUCAGAGCAGGUCAGUCAUCAUCCUCCUGCGACGGCAUACUGUAUCCGCAAUAAGAAGACGGGUAUCCAGCUGGAGGGUUACAAUGCGCAAAAGGCGAGCUUCAAGAGCACGAUUAUUGUGAAGCAGAUUGGACAUGCCAUCCUGACCAUCCCGGUAGGGUCAGGCGAGGACAAGGUCGAUGAGAAGUACCUCAUCACCCUACCAAGUCUGCACAUUGAAGGUCUCCUGUUUGGAGCCCCCUUUGUUGAGUUGGAUGGCCAAACCUCAAUUGUCAGCUCGACAGGGUAUACAUCCAAGAUCAAGUUCACCGGCAAAGGAUGGGUCAGCGGCGACAAGAACUCGGUCACCGCCACACUCUUCCCCACAGGUAAGGAGGACAAGGACAAGGAAGUCCUUUACAACAUGUCAGGACAAUGGAUCAAGGAACUCAGCCUAUACGAGGGACCAGUUAAGAAGAAGAGUCUGCUCGAAGUAUAUGAUGCUGCAAAGACACCCCAGACAUUGCUCAAAGUUGAGCCGAUAGAUCAACAGCAUCCUCUCGAGUCGCGUCGCGCCUGGUCGAAGGUAGCUGAAGCCAUCAGCAAGGGUGAUAUGGAUCUCACCUCGGUGGAGAAAAGCAAGAUUGAACAGGCCCAGCGCGACAAGCGCGCAGCCGAGCGCGCAGAUGGCACAACGUGGGAGAGGCGGUAUUUCAACGCCAUCCAGACUAAGGACCACGUGCUCGAGGCGCUGGGUCAGGCCGCGGGAGUGCCUCUUGACGGUGACGCAGAUAAGACAGGUGGCCUGUGGAGAUUCGAUGCCUCCAAGGCGCAGAAAGCCGAAGAUCAGAAAUUGGACGACGCUGAGGUACAAACUAUCGAGAAGGAGCUCCUUGGUCGAUAG